GAAAGCCAAAAUUAAAGUAAUCAGUCUAGACAACGUAAAAAGGAAAAAAAAAUUGUUUGGCUGUCAGAAAAGUAUCUUUGAGAUGUCUGAGAAAGCUUUGGGAUUUUUCCGCAACAUCGAUUGUGUGCCCUGGUACCGGGGAAUGUCCGCCUUGCAGACGGAGGCCUGUGAUGGGUUGCUCCACGCCCUGCGCGACGACAUGGAGCAGGAAUCCACCUACAGGGUGCGCCGUUGUGUCCACCAACUGGGCCUCCAUCCGCUGGUAAACACAUCGCAGAUCAAAGUCCUAAUGGCCAUGAGCCAGGGAAACGAUCUGGCCUUUCUGUGGUUCCUCUGGGAGUUGGCCUACAAGAGCCCUCCAAAGUGCCGAAAGGAUGGCGGGGAUUCAGAUUCGGAAUACUUUACGGUUAACGAACAGUUGUUGCUGUCUGGCAUUGCCCAUCUGGAUAUGCCCUCCACCCUGAGAGCCUUAGAUGCCCUACUGCCACCUGCCACUCAACCAAAGAAGAGAAACUCCCAAAAAAUAAAAGCAACGCAAAAGCUCUCUUCAAGACUUGCUUCUAAGGAUCAUGUGCUGCCCUACUUUGCUCCCCAGGUGCGUCCUCGUGAAUUCAUCCCAAAGUCCAAUCUUCCAAACCCAAAGAACAAGCUGCGUUUCCCUGAGUACUCUCAGUAUAAAGAUUUUAUGUACCAAAUACCAAACGAAAGGUCUCGUUGGUUUGCCCAAUACCAGUUUUGUCCUGCCAAAAGGAUUGUAACCAGGUUACUCUCGGAACAUCUUGAUGGACUAGGCCUGGAACAUAAGUCUGAAGACAGCGAUCCUCUGUGCGAAACUCAUCGUUUUUGGAAAAAGGAAGUGAUUACUCAACAAGAGGAGAAAGUCAACUCGACUCUCCAGCACUGUCUAUCUCAAUUGAGCAUGUCAAAAAACGAAUUGAAGGGUCGGACGAAACGCAUAUUACAAGAUAUAGAGAAGAAUGUCCAAUGCUUAAGACCACGACCUUUAGGCCAAGUUAAAAGCUUUCAGAAUGAGAGGACCUCCCCAACCCAGAAGACCUCAAAAAAGAAGAAAGAUAUUUCCCUGCUGAUAGAUCUGGCUGAAGAUGAGCACAAAAUGCAUUUAUCCAGAAUAAGCCCACAGGAAAAAUUGGUACAGGUUAUGAUGAUGCAAAGGAAUCAAUACCAACGCUGUGGGGCCGGUGACUGCGAAUUUCUGGAGGUCAAGUGUGGUUUGGAAGAACAAAGUGAUAUAAGCACAGGCCAUAAACGUAAAAGGAGUCGUGGAUCUCACAAUCAAAACCGAAAAUCUCGAAAAUCUGAGAAAAGCAUUGUGGAGGAGGAUACGCAUUUACCAACUACCAACGUCGAGAGCCUCGCCGAUCGUAUUCCCGCCUGCAGUAGAACUUUGCGAUGUCUCAAAAAGAAGCGGUGUCCUGAAGAAGAAAUGUUUACUACCAGGACACUCGAUGGGUUCCAGUUGGACUACCAUAAGAUUUAUGACCUGCCGGCGAUACCCGAAGAGCUCAUGCCAUGGGAGGAUGAUGCUGUGGAUGUGGAGGACAAGCAACCAGUAAUCGAAAAGCUCUGCAUUGAUGCUUUAAGGGCUGGGGAAUACAGGUCAGUAAAAGAGUUGCAGAGGGAUAAGACUCUUCCCCCUGUUCUAAGAGCAGCUGCCAAUUGUGCGGUGGACAUGUUCCGUAUAAAUAUGGAGGGAAAGUGCGAAAACCCACCUGUUAAAGAACAAGAUAUGAACUGUCUUAUAGAUCCCAACAACAAGCAACAGAUUGAGGAUCUCUUAAAAGAAGCUCUGCAGGUGCUCCGACGAAACCCCCGCUUCGUCUUGGCCACCCUUUCCAAUGCCCACAAGAUGCCCGUGCUAUUGGAUUGGGUGGCGCACCGCUAUGGUAAAACCUUCAGCAGGGAUGAGAUGAAGGCCCUCGUAAAGUCCUCCUACCGGAUCUACGAGAGGGUCUAUCAGGAUGAGAAGCAUCACAGGAGCGAAAUACUGAGGUUGAAGAAAACCUUUUCGGGCUUCGGCAUCGGGUCCAACUAUGGCAGCUACAAUAAGUUCAUGCGUCAGGUUAGGCAGAGGAAGUCCGAGUACCACGACAGACUCAAUAAUCUGGCUCUGGAGCAGUCUCGUCUCACCUGGCUGGCGCUGCGGGGAUACUCCCACCUGGAUGGACACAUCAGGGACACCUUCUUUGCCUAUAUGCCAUCCAAAUAUGAAGAUCUCAGACGCCAGCACGUUUGGAAAUCCGAUGAUUACCGGAAUAUGGUUAAACUCCGGCUGAGAACCCAUUUUUCCACUUGACUUGGGUGUUCCAAAGGGCAAAUGGAAAAUACACGAAACUCAAUGGUUUUCCAUCUGCCAUUUGGAAUACCCCUCGAAAUGGUCCGAUAAAAUCCGUUCGAAAAACAUUCAAUAAAAUCUGUCCCUCGCCAUUUGCGGGCGACUACUUAUGUAAACCAAACUAUGUAUAAUCCCAAUUAAAAAUGCUGAUGCCCAACUAAA